UGUCCAUAUGGUCAGAGCCAGGAAGAUUUUAUUAAUUGGCAAUCCUAAAGGUUACACUAUCCCUGCUAUUGCAAAGGAAUUGCCAGGCGAUGGCAAAAUCUUUUUCUGUGCAGAAGUGCCAUUUCUCGGAGUGAACAGCCAGGAAGAAUGUGAUUAUUUCUCAGAUGGAAAAAAGAUAAGCAUGCAAGUGGGACCAGUGGCAGACACCUUGAAGGCAUUACAUGCUGAGGACGAGCACUUUGAUAUGGUCUUUAUUGAUGCUGAUCAAAGGAAUGCUGUUCAGUACUACAGCUUUGUCAUGGAUAACCACUUGCUGAGCAUGGAUGCAGUGAUCUGUAUAGAGAAUACACUCAUGAAAGGACAAGUCUACCUGGAGAAUGUAUCAGAUGAAAAUGUACUUGCUGUCAGAAAAUUAAAUUCAGUGAUUAAUUCAGAUCCUCGUGUUGAGCAGGUGAUUUUGCCUGUGCAGAGUGGACUGAGCCUCAUUCGAAGGAGCCCUGUGCCUCCAGAUGCAGUGGUUGAAUCCAAGACAGAAGUGGUGAAGGAUGAUGUCUUCUGGGGCUGCCGCCAGCGCCGCAUCCUGGAGCGGCUGUGCCUGGACGGCAGGGUGGCCUAUGUCACAGGAGGAGGGCAGGGAAUUGGCAGAGCCUUUGCCCAUGCACUGGGGGAGGCUGGGGCUAAAGUAGCUGUGGUGGAUCUGGUCCUUGCCAGGGCAGAAGCGGUGGCGUGUGAGCUCAGCCUCAAAGGCAUUAAAAGCCUUGCCCUGGCAGCUGAUGUAAGCAAGCCUGAGGAUGUGCAAAGGAUGGUGGAUGCAAUUGUGGCUCGCUGGGGCACAGUCCACAUUGCUUGUAACAAUGCAGGAAUCAAUCUGAACUCUGCAAGUGAAGAGACUUCCCUGGAGGAAUGGGACAAAACUUUUAAUGUUAAUUUACGAGGAUUAUUCUUGUGCUGCCAAGCUGCAGGCCGCAUUAUGCUGAAUCAAGGAUAUGGGAAGAUAAUUAACACAGCAUCUAUGGCAAGUUUAAUAGUCCCUCACCCACAGAAGCAGUUGGCGUACAACGCCUCCAAAGCCGGGGUCGUAAAGUUAACACAGACAUUGGGAACCGAGUGGAUUGACAGAGGAGUAAAAGUCAACUGCAUUUCCCCGGGCAUCGUUGACACGCCGCUGAUCCGCUCGCGGGAGCUGCGGCCGCUGGUGCAGCGCUGGCUGGCCACCAUUCCGGCCGGCCGGCUGGCCCAGCCCACCGACCUGCAGGCGGCCGUCGUCUACCUGGCCUCGGAAGCCUCGGACUACAUGACGGGCCACAACCUGGUCAUCGAGGGUGGCCAGAGCCUGUGGUGAGAGGCAUCCUGCAAUCCCCCCUCUCGUGGGUUUUCAAAGUGCGAAUUGGAGUUAAGCUUGGCCCCGGCUUUGGCUUGUGUGACUACGUGGCCAGCCGAUAUGAAAUGAUUGUUGUCUUCUUCCUGAUGUUAAUUUGGAGGCUUGUAUAAUGCACAGGAAAAAUAAGGCAAAAAAAAAAA